GUUUUCCCACGCGCGCGUUGUCAAGGUGAGACUGACGGGGCGGAGCUUCAUUCUGCACGGGGCGGAGCUUCAUUCUGCGCGCGCCGACGCUCUUUCAGGUUUCAGAAGUCCGUCUCUCACUGUGUGCGCGUGCUCAGGUGUUGCAGUCCGUGCACGAGCUCCAGGUUGUGUGUGUGUGUGUGUGUGUGUGUGUGUGUGGUCAGCAUGGCGCACGAGCUGCCGGACUUUAAGGACAUGAGCGAGGAGGAGCUGUGGGAUCUGAUCAACGACAACCGGCACGCCAUCUCUCUGGGCGCGCGCCCGUGCGUCCUCAUCCCGUACCUGCGGCAGGCGCGCGUGCUCAGCGACCUGGACGAGGACGAGAUCCUCACGUGCCUCAAGCUGAACAACCGCAGCAUGAGGACCAGUCACAUGCUAGACCUGCUGCGUAUUCAGGGCUGUAACGGAGCUGUGGCUCUGCUGGAGGCUCUGAUGAUCCACUACCCCGCUCUGUACACACAGGUCACCGGCCGCAAACCCAGCACCGAACCGAGCCGCUUCAGUGGGUUGAUAAAGUACUCAGAAUUGACGGAGUAUUUGGUCCGGUCGGUGUCGGGGAUACAGAAGGAGCUGCAGGCGGAGCGUGAAGAAGCGGCUCAGCUGCGCUCUCAGUGUGUGAGUCUGCAGACGGAGCUGUCACGCGUCACACAGCAGGUGGAGGAGCAGAAAAGCCUGCAGACUGAACACACACGCCUGCGCAAGUACCUCGCAGACAUGCACAGAGACCUGUUGAAGCUGAAGGAUGAAAAGUGUGAUCUGUAUAUACGAUACACCGCAGCAGUGGAGGAAAAAUCAGAAGUGAACAUUCGCUGCAGAGAUCUCAACCUGCAGGUGUAUCAGCUGCAGUGUGAGUUGAGAAAGGCUCAGAUAGAGACAGAUUUUCAGAGACAUCAGUCAGUGAGGAGACCGUCUUCCAACGAGACACAGCAGCUGCGUGAUGAGAUCCUCACACUGCGCAGACAACUGCAGCAAGCUGAGACCAUCACACCAGCGCAUCAGGACAUCCUGGCCCAGGAUUUGGAGGAAGCAAGGGAUCGGCGCACUGAACUUGCUGAAGAACUGCGGAGAUUUCAAGACGAGAACGAGGCACUAAUGAGAGAGAGAAACGAGCUGUUGGAGCAGAAGGACUGUGUCGCUCUGCAGGUACAGAAGUUGACUCUGGACUGUGAAAUGUAUCAGCAGAAAAGUUCAGUCUUCCAAAACCAGUUUGGGGAACUUCGGGCCGAGCGAGAUCGGGCAUACCUAGCGCGUGAUGAGGCACAGGCCCAGAUUGCGAGUAGUCUGGCGGAGAAGGACACACUGAGAGCACAGCUGGUGGAUCUCCAAGAGGAAAUCUUCACUCUGAGAGCACAGACGACGCAGACGGUCCCGAGCCAGACCAGCCAGAGAUCGUUAAGCUGGGACAGCAGUCGAGAUAUGAGCUGUGACAGUCCUCCGUCCAGCCCCAUGCGUCGGCCCAGACUGCGCCGCAUGAACGCCCUGCUGCCCGGCUGCUCCAACAACGGCGAGAACAAUAAACAGGACAGUGAUGAUGGGUUUAAUAGCGCGCGGUCCAGUUUGGUGGAACCUCCCUGUUCAGACUCUCUGCGCAGGAGAGAAACGGACCCAGAGUUCAGUGAUCACAGUCCGGAGAUAAACGAUGAUUCUUUCUGUCUGCUGAACUUGGAGAAUGAAUUUGAGUUUCUUUGCAAAGAUGAGGAAGAGGAAAAAACUUUACCGCCUCCUGACUCCCCGGAAACAACCAGCGUGUCUCGGGCAUCAGCUCCUCCGUUCCUCGUGCGUUCCCGUCCUCAGGCUGUGCGCAUCACCAGCCGAGCUCUGACUCUGUUCUUUCAGGGGGAGGCGCUACUGAGUCAGCUGCAGGUCAUCGGUGGCAACAAGACGGGUGUCUUCGUGCAUCACGUCACUGAGGGCUCACCUGCUCAGAGCGUGGGAAUCAGCCCCGGGGCACAGAUCCUGGAGGUGAAGUUUCAGAAGGAGCAGCGAGCUCUCCGGAUGCAUCUAGAAGAUUCCACCAUGGAGGAGGCUCUGUGGGCGCUCGGGCAGGUCAACGGACCCUGCAGCCUCUCACUGCGAAAUAAACAAGAUGCCUAUGAGAAUCUUCUCCAGCAGCUGAAGAGGCGUGAGGUCACCUCAGGCGACUCCUUCUACGUCCGAGUGAACCUGUCACUGGCGAGGGGCGGAGUCGGGAUGCUGUCUGUCACUUGUAACGACAUCCUGCACGUGACGGACAGUCACUACGGUCAGGACGGUUACUGGUGGGCGAGCCAUGUCCACAGCAGUCAGCUGAUGGACGUGAAGAGUGGGCGUGUGCCUAAUUUCUACAGAGCACAGAGGCAGUUAAUCAGAGCGAUUGAGGAUCUUUCCUUUCAACAUCAAGCAUACAGAAGGGUGGAGAGGGCGCAGGUGAAGCAGAAGGCUGUGCGGAUCGUCAGUACAGCACAACAGGGCAGGAACCCAUUGUGGGUCAGUGUGGAGGAGGACAACACCACCAACUCACCAAGCGAUGAUGGUAAGCCUGGCUCUGUGAGCCUGAUGCCCUACACUUUGGUGACCCCUCACUACCCCCCCGUGUGCCGCCCCAUCCUCCUGCUUCCCACAAUCCUCGGGGGCGUCCUUAAUAAACGACUGGCUGAGCAGAAGGGCUACCAGCUGUGUGAGCCAGAGACUCUGAGUGCCUCUGAACACGCCGCACAGAUGCAGAAGGGUGAGGUUCUGGAGGAGUGUGAACCCAACACACACUGCUGUUACACCGUGCAGGGAGUCGAGAAGAUCAUGAAACGCGGCAUUCACUGUGUUCUCCCACUGGGGUUGGAUUGUGUACGGCGUCUGCACCGCGCUGAGAUUUUCCCCAUCAUCAUCUUCAUCACAUCGACAGAACGCAGCGCUCACAGACUGAAACAGAAACUUCGUCAAAGCUUGAUAACGGAGACUCAGCUGCUGGAGUGUUCCUGGAGCGAGGAGCCUCUGCUGGACAAACUGCCCUGCCUGUACCGCACCGUUCCCCCUGAAAGCUGGAGCAACAGCACCGCCUUGCUGGACAACCUGCAGCACAUCGUCCAGGAGGAGCAGCACAAAAUCGUCUGGGUCGAGCCGGACCUCUGGUGACGAACACUAACCUGUGCCAUGAGACACAGAACAUCAACAGCAGUGAAGAAGAAAAAAAAAAAACACUGCAAAAUUAAAUCUGUAGGUCACAUGACCAAGUCAGGUUUGUAAAUAUAUUAGUUAAAUAAUAAGAAUUGUGUUUUUAAUUUGUGGUGAACAUAGAGGUGUCAAAAACAUGACAUAGGUUCAUGCUGAAUAAAGUGAAACAAGUCCUGUAUGAUGUUACACAUCUUCUGUAUGGUCCAUGAGGAAUUUAGGUAUUUGUUAAUUAUUAUAAAUAUGUUAAUGUGUUACUCGCUGGUGUUGUAUAGGGGGCAAAACUGCACCAAAUUAAAAACAAAAAAAGUGAAGUGCAAAAGUUCACUGAAGUUUAAAUUCUGCCGUUAAAUAUUUAAUAUUUUUCAGCCUCUUUUUUUGAAAUGUGAUUUUUCUUAUUUUAUUUUUUUACUUUGAAUAAAUUCUAAGACAUAUAAAGGUUUUGCUAGCAUGCAGUAAUCCCAGGAAUUAAGGUGUGUGUGUGUGUGUGUGUGUGUGUGUGUGUGUGUGUGUGUGUGUGUGUGUGACAGAGAUGAACAUACCAGCUCAAACAGAUUUUAGUUUUCUUCCUAUAUUUUUUGGUCAUACACUAUACUAUACUAUACUAUACUAUACUAUACUAUACUAUACUAUACUAUACUAUACUAUACUAUAGGGAGAUAAAAUAUGCUAAUUUAUUUAUUUAUGUUAAUUGUGUAUAUUUGCAGAGUUUGUUUAUACACACCAAUACUGUAGAUAUUAUUAUGUUCAGAAAACCUAUUAAAGCAUUAUAUUUAUAUAUGUAUACACAUAUUGGCCUGGUGACCACUGAAUAUAAUCUCACACACACUUUUAUUUUUAUUUUGUCUAAGACAGCAUUGUCAAACUCAUUUGACCAACAACAACUAUUUCUCUUAAAUAUGUUUAUAGAAUAAUAUUUAAUAUAAAAAUGUGUGCUUGCAUAAGUAUUCACCCCCUGUGGCUGUGAGAGAUGGGGUCACAGCCUCUAAUGUUUCUCUUGUUUAUGAAGAAGCACAUCAUUAACACAUUCUGUUCGAGUUUGGAGAGUUUAUGGCUGAGUUUAUUCUGAGUCAGUUGCUCUAUUUAGCCACCUGGUGGAAGAACAGAACUGUUUGUUUUUAAAUUUAAUUUCUUGAUUAAUUCAAUUUUAACUGCAGCCCUAAAGACCAUUUUAAUUGGAAUAAGAUGAAACACUCAGCUGGACUCCACCCUUCACUGGGCUGUGUGUUUCAGACCCCUGCUGUCAGACAUGAUUCGUGUUAUGUGUGAUUUACACAAACAACAUUUUCUCCCACAAAUAGGCGAUUCUCAGGUACCAAUAAAAUCUGGUCUGUUAAAAAAACCAUCACUUGUGCUCUUUACUUUAAAUUUGUAACUUCAGUGUGAAACUAAAGAAGCUGAUCAGCAAAUGUUUGCCUGAUUCCAUUUGAUUAAAGGGAACCUGCCGUGAAAAGCUUGUGCACACACACACACAUACUUGUGUCUCUUGAGUGCCUAAAAACCCACAAACUCUGAAAUAAAACAAUCCGUGCAGUUUCCUUUGGGCUGCUGAGGUAAGAAAAUGUGUCCCCUUCUUACAUCACAAAGGGAGCUCAUUAGAAUUAACUCCACCCAGUACAACACAGGGCGGAAACAAACUCAUUCCUCAAAGGAUCACUACCAACUGUCUGUCGCAGAAUGUAAAUAUUAAAAAAAAAAUUAUGCUGUAUUUGUGUUCUUUGGCCAUUUUGCACUAGCUAACACUAACAGCCAAAAUAAUAGAUGCACACUGAUUUUGCUACAACAAAAAGUAUAAGAUAAUGGUUUUUAUCCCCGAUAGAGUGCAUGUGUACAAACGUAGCAAUCUGGAAUUUGAUCACUAAAGACCAAAAGCUGUGCUCAUAAAAACUGCCUUGUGUUGAAAAUUAAUAAUUCUCAAUAAUUUAUUAGACUGGUAAGUUAAAUUGCCUGAUGGAGUGCAGCUUUUUGUCUUUUACCCGUUCAGGCCCCGUCUCUGCUCAUCCCUUCUGUUAGAGCGUUUGGACAGUCCUCUUUCACAUAUACUGGUGCUUGCCUUUGGAAUGGUUUACCUGGUCAUAUCCAGUCUCAGUCUUCCAAAAGUGCUUUCAGGCAUCUAAUCCGAACCUUUUUAUUUCACCAGCUUUUAGAGGAAGAACUCAACCCUUUUAUGAUGUCAUAAUCUAACUUGUACUCUGUUUUUAUAUUGUCUUUGUCCUGUCAAUUUUUACACAUGGAUUUGUUUA